AUGAAGUUCUCUGCAAGCGCAUUUGUUGUGCUUGCCAGCAGCGGAACGGCGCUUGGCUCAUGGGUUGAUUGGAUCCCCUUUCAGAAGGAUGUGACCGUUACCGCUACCUUUACAAGAAGCAUCCAGGUCUGCCCCUGCAAUGGCGAAGUACGUGUUACUCAGCCGUAUCCUGCAGGUGGCAAGCCUACCGGAACAAUUGAUCACUACACUGUAACCGAGAACAUCGAUCCCCACUGGGCAAAGCCUCGUGAGACUAUCACCAAGGCUGGCCCGAUCGUGGUUGUCUUCUCUACUGCUGGCUCAAUGACCACCAAGACAGGUGUGAUGAUCGAACUGAAGCCUACUAAUGGUCUUGUCGUGACCAAGACAAUCUGGACCGGCCCACAGCCUUCUGAUGAUCUUGCAUGGGUCGACUGGGUUGACAGUGAUGACAACAAUGGCGGGACCCUGACUCGAUCUCACACCAAGACUGAGACUGUCUAUGGCCCUGCGCCGACUGAUCCGCAAACGAACGAGCCGUGGGCUGAUUGGGUAGCCACUUCGAACACGAAGAAAGCGACCACUACUAAGUCCUCAACAAAGUCUAGCACACUAAAGUCUAGCUCGACCUCAGCUGCGAGGACCUCAUCCCGCUCGGGCGGCUCUAACGGCGGCUCAACAUCGUCUCGGUCUUCUAGCACUUCGACCACUUCCACCUCCACUUCGUCCAGCAGUGUGAGCAAUGGUCCCGGCGGAUACAGCACGACAUCUAGCUCGAGCACCAGCACCUCGACAUUUAGCUCUUCUAGCAGCGUCGCCGCUGGGCCCGGCGGUGGAAGCACCACAGGCGCUUCGACACCAACAAGCACUGAUGGGACGACGUCGACGACGACGACCGUGGCCACCGACACUACCACCACCACCACCAGUAGCUUCAGUGUUGGACCGAUUGGACAGAGUACCAGCAGUUCUUCCGUAGACAGCACCACCUCAAGCCCGAGCACCAGCACUUCGUCACUUGCUGGUGUCCAAACCACAUCCACCAGCACAACCAGUGCUGCCGUUCUACCCACCACAAGCACCACUAGUUCCGCCGCAGCCACUACCACUUCCGCUGGGACGGGCUCAGUUGUUGUCGAUGAUGUACGUAACUUGGACUACAUCACCGCCAUUCUGCAACAACAUAACGUCCAUCGUCGCAACCAUUCUGCUGUUGACUUGACUUGGUCCCCCAGCUUGGCUGCUACUGCCAACACAAUUGCCUCAUCUUGCAUUUACGCACAUAACACCGCUGUCGAUGGCGGUGGUUACGGACAGAAUAUCGGUGCAGGAUACACUCCCAACCAAGUGGGCGUGAUGAUCACCAACGACAUGUAUAACGGCGAGUUCAGCAACUACCCCGGCCCAUUUGACCAGGACAACAUCGAUCUAACCAACUUCAAUAACUUUGGCCACUUCACCCAGAUCGUGUGGAAGAACACCGUUCAGGUCGGUUGCGCCACCGUCACCUGUCCUGGUGGUCUUCAGGGUGCCAGCUUCACCCCCUACUUCACCGUCUGCAACUACUACCCGGCUGGAAAUUUUGUUGGUCAAUACUCGAACGUCGGUGCCCCUCUUGGCGGGCCAAUUCAUGUCGUGCUAGCAAAUGCAAACUAG